UUCACAACGUUUAUGUACUCAAACAAUAAACACAUUUGAGCGUAAGAUUUCAAACUUGUGCGUAAAAAUGAGUAUGGAAAUCACAACACCCAUAAGCCCGUUCUACCACUUGAGGUAUUUCGUGCUUUGGGCUUCAUUCUUCUACAUUGGACUCGGGGCUCUGAUUCUUCUCGUAGGACAUCUGAGACAUCUAGAAGUCAAAGCCAUGUUUGAACCUUACUACGAGAACCAUGAGUGUGACGACCCAGAGUGCAGCAAAGUAACGAGGAAGAGAAUGGCACAGAAGAUACGGGAUGAUGCGGCAAUGGCGGAAAAAGAGAGGAUAUUCCGUGAAAAGAAGCAAAAGGAGAGGGAAGAGAAGAAAAAGAGAAAAGAAGAAGAGAAAAGAAGGAAAGCUUUAGAAGCUGAGGCACAAAGAGUAGAGGAGUAGUUUGUUGUGUCUGUGACUGAAUGUUUGGUUACAUACUCUGUGUGUAUGUUUGUUA